AAUAUCAGUGAGUGAGCUCGUGCAUUUUUUUACCACCUACUAGAGAUAGGACUUCAUGCUGAUAUAGUAAUAUCUCUUGAAGCACCUCGGACAAAACACGUGUCAGUGUGAAUUUGGUUCGUCUUAUAUUUUGGUUCAGAGCACCAAUCUCACCACGCGCGCACCGACGCGCUUUCGUCUCGAGUAGGUCACACUGCGAUAGCAUCCACUCGCGUGUCCGGAUGAAAUAACACCUUAUACAAGACGAAACGAGUCAUUUAUUGAGGACAUGGAAAUUAUACGAAGAGGACACUAAACUAAACCGUACGUGGAUCGGUUCGUGAAGUUUUUCUUUCUCUGAUUCGUUAUUUAUGCAACAUUUUUUGUUUGGAUAAAUACAGCUUCUUCAUAAGUGUCGCAAACAGAGUCAGUUUGUUUGACAAACUAACAUGCGGAAACAGGCAGGAUACAAACUAAAUGCUUUUGUUCGAGGCAGUCCACGAGCGUUUUAUUUCGUAAGGACACAUAAUCACCCGAAAUUACAUUUUUAAGGAAACUCUCAUUGGGUGAGUAAAGCUAUGACUCACUCAUUCAUCAUGUUAGCCCUCAUAUGGUUAUAGUAUUUCUAAGAUAGUGUUAAACAUAAGUUAAACCGACUAUACCGCUACCUUUAUAAUAUAAUGCAGGACAAUUUCAUGUGCAUGAGAACCUUUGAUGUGACAUGAGCCACUAGAGAUGAUUUAUUUUUUAUUUCGGAAGAAACCCCAACCAGUUUUUUUCUUCCUUAGUGGACAUUGCUUUUGUCACACAUAAUGGCUGUGAUGGAUUUGAACUUGACUACUGUCGUUGACAGCGGUUUCAUUGAAAGCGACCAGUCGACUCGAGUUCUCACCGGUUGCUUUCUUUCUCUUCUGAUUCUCUCCACCUUACUGGGGAACACAUUGGUCUGCGCAGCUGUCACAAAGUUUCGCCACCUACGCUCUAAAGUCACCAACUUUUUUGUCAUCUCGCUGGCGGUGUCGGACCUGCUGGUGGCCAUUCUGGUCAUGCCCUGGAAGGCUGUGACAGAGGUAGCUGGCUUUUGGCCGUUCGGUCCCUUCUGUGACAUUUGGGUGGCUUUUGAUAUCAUGUGCUCUACAGCUUCCAUCCUGAACCUCUGCAUUAUCAGUGUGGACCGAUACUGGGCCAUUUCCAGCCCGUUUCGCUACGAGAGAAAAAUGACUCCCAGGGUGGCCUUUGUGAUGAUCAGUGUGGCUUGGACACUGUCUGUGCUCAUCUCAUUCAUCCCAGUGCAGCUGAAAUGGCACAAGGCGCAGCCGACAAGCUUCUCCGAGGUCAACGCUUCUCAGGGCGCUCCGCCGAUGGACAACUGUGAUUCCAGUCUGAACAGGACGUAUGCGAUUUCCUCCUCCCUCAUCAGCUUCUACAUUCCCGUCGCCAUUAUGAUCGUAACAUACACUCAGAUCUACAGAAUCGCCCAGAAGCAGAUCAAAAGGAUCUCCGCCUUGGAACGGGCAGCCGAGAGCGCCAAGAUCCGGCACGACAGCAUGGGUAGCACUUCCAACGUGGAUUCCGAGAGCUCCUUCAAACAGUCAUUCAAACGGGAAACGAAAGUGUUAAAAACUCUCUCUGUUAUUAUGGGAGUAUUCGUUUGCUGCUGGCUGCCCUUUUUCAUCCUGAACUGCAUGGUGCCGUUUUGUAAGCACAGUGCAAAAAGCGGUGACACCAAUCUGCCCUGCAUCAGUCCAACAACCUUUGAUGUUUUCGUGUGGUUCGGAUGGGCGAAUUCAUCGCUCAACCCAAUCAUAUACGCCUUCAAUGCCGAUUUUCGCAGGGCUUUUGCCAUCCUAUUGGGGUGCCAACGACUCUGUCCAGGCAUCAAUAGCAUUGAGACGGCCAGCUUGAACAAAAACUGAAAAGCAAAACUGAAAAGCAUCACACUUUUUCUCUCUGCAACGUAACCUCAAUGCGUGGACGGAUUGGCCUGUGAGCCUAGUGUGUCACACCAGUUCAUUGCCAAAGAAGGCUAUUGGAAAAUAGAUUUGGGAUUAAAACUGUGGGAUGUAGGACAGCAGGUCUGAUGUUUCUUAAGCAAGGAUGCUACUUCUCUAAAAUGAUGCAUGGUUUGCCUCCUAGGUUAUUUCAUGCAAAACUGUUUACCAAUGAAUUACUAAAAGUGACUUUCAUAAACUAGAGAAACGACAUUUUACUUAAAAUGUAAAGAAUGUUCAUAAGAAAAUGUUUAAUAAUGAUUUCUGGGCAAAACUGCAAUACAGUAAAAUACCGUACAUAUAUUGUUUGUUGUUUCUUAUAAAGAAUGCAUUUCUAAUGUAUCACUACAAAAUAUAAUUGAAUAAUAGACAAAUUAAGGUUUAAAAAAACUGAAUCUUAUACAUCGCUGCUUGAUAAACAUUGAUCUCAUCCUCUCCGUACUUAACGCAUUUCCUUUACAUCUUGCCUUAUUCACGAGACUUGGCUUUUUUUUCCAAAACAAGUGGGCAGAUGGUCAGUCAUGAAAUGGCCGUCCCAUUAUUGCCAUAAUGAACAUGUAUGUCGUUCUCUCGUACUUGUUCUCAUCAAAUCCCCUCAUCCAUUAUUAAACUGUAAAAAUGAAGCACUAAGUCUAACUGAACAGAUGGCCAUAAUAUAAAAAUGCUGAUGUGGGAAUAGGCAAUGAAGUCUCGGUUACGGUUAACAAGUAAUAGAUUUGUUAUGGUUGAGAUUGUAAAAAAUGUUCAAAAAGAGUCAGUCCCAGUACUACUAAAUAAAUAACACUGGAUUGUUGAUGUGAUGCAAUGUGCCAUGUGAUAAUGUGGAAAAUGAACACAAGAUGGGCCAGUACCUCGUAAAGUCUGCAGCGUAGUGAAUGUAAUUGAGUCUGUUAAUGUGAUUGAGUUUUGGGACUUUUUUGGCAGAAAAUGACAAUUUCACUACACAUGUUGCUGUACUUGUCUUUAGUACCGCAUUCUUGUUUAGAAGGACACAGAGUCUGUGAAUUACGGUAUAAUAGUAGACAGAUAACAUAUUUAACUA